AUGGCUUUUUAUGGUUUGAAUCCAGAUUUACUUGCUCAAUGCGCUACAAAAUUUGCACAAGCAGAACAAAAAUUCACAAAUGAACAACUUGAAUAUUUACGUCAAUAUUAUACGGUGAACAAAUAUCCUCUAUCUCAUGACUUUCAAGCAAUUGCCAAGCAAUGGAACAUUGACGAUUUUCAUUUCAACAUAAGUUUAGAUGAUUGGUUUCUUGGUCGACGCAUGGCUGAACGAGAAAUCGUAGAACGACGGGAUCAAGGACGAAUAGCAGCAGCUUAA